GCGAGUCGGGAUCUGAGAGUAGCGAGGAGGAGAAGCUGCCCUCCUUGGCUUCCCUGCUGCAGCCGUCCUCAUGGCUCGGGCAGCCGAGUCGCCCGCGGCCGCCGUCUCCUAAUCCUGAAGCGGCAGAGGUUGCCGAGAUGGUGAGCAGCGGGAGCGAAGAGAUGGGUGAGGAGGUGAUGGAAGUCGUCCCUUUGCAUGAGACGGUCAAGAUAAGGGUGGGAGCGGAGCCUGAGCCUUUCAGCCUGAGCGCUGGGGAUACAGGAGAGGCAUCUGGGCUUUGUGCUAGUGGUGACCUGAUGGCUUCUGGGAGCGAAGGCCUGCGGGAAGACCUGGCGCCGUCUGGAGAAUUGGCUUGUGCCACUGAGAAUGGUGCACGCAGCGCUGAGAGAUCCUCCUUGUGCUCUUUGCCAGUCGACUCAGACAGGCCUAGUAGCCCCCCGGUAUGCAGAGAAAGGCCAGAAACAUCGCUCCCUCUCAAGAAGCGACAAUAUAGUCAGAAGGAAAGGGAGGCAAUCUGCCAGAAUGUGUGGCAGAGAAAGAAGGAGCAAGAAGAAAAGAGGAGGGAGCAGGAGGAGGAAAAAGAGAGGAAGAGAGCCGUUGCCAAGAUGCUGAAAGCUCAGCGGCCAGGAGAGUGCCAGAAAUACAUAACAGUGGUGCUAGAUCCAGUCAUCUUACAGGUAGAAGGUGGCGAGCAGAUCCUUAGUGCUUUGCAGGCUGCCAAUUAUUCCUGUGUGUUUGAGAACCACGCUGUUCCCUGCAGCAUCACCUGGAGGAGAAAGACAGUGUCAUCACAGAUGGGAGGAGGAGAUGAAUGGAUAGAAGAACCAAAUGUCCUGGUUCUGCUUGGCUUGGAGGAGUUUUUGUCCAUGGCUCACAGCUACAAGCAAAACGCUGAUGGCUGUGCAGAAAGGCAAAAGGAGACCCUGCAGAGCUGUGUAGCUCAUAUGAUGGAGAAAAUGCCUGGGAGAAUUCUGGCUCUGGCAGUAGUUGGAGUAGAAAAUUAUUUCAGGUCUCUCCAAGUUCAGCCAAAACAAAGGCUGCGACAGACAGCAGCGAGUGGGAAUCAAGAGAAACGGGGAGAAAGGAGAAAAAAGGAGGUUAAGGAUUCUGGCCUGGACUUAUCCAGAAUGGAUGUGAAAGAAGCCCUGGUGGAUCUGCAGCUGAGCACUCAAGUCCAAGUCAGCUUUUUUGAGAGCAGUGAGGAACUUGGGGAAUAUGCCACUAUGUUCACAAAAGCUGUGGCUGAGGCACCGUACAAGCGAGAGCGAGAGAACACAGGGUUCUCUUUCUACUUGGAGAAGGGCUGCUGCGGAGGGGUGAAGGUGGAUUCUUCUGGAAAGGGUCUCUUGAAAGUUUGGAAGAGGCAGAUACAGCAAUUUAACCGUGUCAGCUCUGAGAUGGCUGAGGCUAUUGUGUCUGCCUACCCUUCUCCUCAGCUCUUGAUCCAGGCCUAUGAGAGAUGCUCCUCGGACCAGGAGCGGGAGAACAUGCUGGCCAAUAUCCCUGUGCACCGUGGGGAGGGUGUGACAGCCACUUCCCGGCACAUUGGGCCAGAACUGUCCCGACGCAUCUAUCUGCAGAUGACUUCCCACGAUCCUGACCUCUGUCUGGAUUUUACUGGGUAGCACAGGAAAAAAGGGUUUUACUGUUUGUCAGGUUAAGUGUUCAGUUUUGGAUUUCACUGGGUAGCUCCAGGGAAUAUGGGUUUUACCGUUUGUCUGGUCAAGUUUUCAGUUUUCUUCUGUGAAGAAGUGCUUAGAUAACACUCAUUGAUCCUUGUUUAAAGACUUGAAGCACAUUUAGACUUUAUUGUAGCAGGAAGAAAGUUGGAUAAAGUUGCUGAAUAGCAGGAGUUUACACAAGAAAGAUGGUGAACAUCUUCCCUAAGCACAUGAGUUGCACACAGCUUAUAGUACUGAUGUUGUUUUAUUUGUCUUUCUAUAAAAUAAAUAAUUUUGAAGAAUAACCUCUGCUUCUUAAGAUGGUGUCUUGAACAUAGACAGGUGCAUACCUGCAUACAACAGGUGCUCUGUUGAAAGGAAUACUUCCUGUUCUCCUGAACUGCAAGGACUUACCUUCUUCUCCUUUGGGACAAAUCCUGAUACUAGAGCAACAUGGUGCUUCCCUCCCAGCACCUGCUUGAGUGAGAUGAAAGAACUUUACCUCACAAAACAGCCUCUCAUUGUUCUGCUGCAGCAGAUGGGAGUGAGUAAGACUAAUUUUCAGAUAUAAGUUUAGAGUGCCCUGAUUCAGUCUCCAGACAGCUUAAUUUAGAGAGGGUCUUGAAAUCUGAUUAUAUGUGCUGGAAUUACGAGGUCUAAACAGUUGGCAGAAAAAGCUUCCUUUUAAUUAGAUUGGGGACCAGAGUCCAUGCAGCCAUUGAGGGUUUUUGUAACAGCACUGCUGAGAUGAGUGCUCAAGAGAAUUAAACUGCAUCCCAUGUGUAGAAUUUAACUAUUUGGAACCCUGCUGCUUCCAGUGGAAAAAUCCCUACCUGUCCUGCUCAUUCCAGGAAUCCAGCAGGAGCCCUGGCCUGGCCAGAAGUGCUGUUGACCUGAAUCUAUAAACUAUAAGCCUGGUGCUCGCCAACCUAUGCAACAUUCAUCUGGAUUUUGGCAGGAAGAGCUGCAUGGGGGAAACAUUGCUUUAGAUGCUGGGUCAUUUUCCUGAACGUUCCUAGAUAGGCAGUAAGGAUCUUUUAAAGAAUGGGAUGAGUUAGACAUUGAAAGCAAAGCUUAAAGGUGUUUGAAGGAAGCUUUGAAAACAUGCACCCUCCUAAGGCAGAGGUAGCCUGCCCUUCCUUUUAUCUGAUACUUGUGCUGCUUCUCUCUCCUGUGUGAUAUUCAGGGAACCACAAUCUUAUCAUCAGGUUAUAGAAAAAUGGAAGUUUCCUGCUGUGAUCGUUUCCCCACAGCACUGCUCCUGGCAGCAGUAAUCCACGUAUGAGAAGAGCGAGCGAUUCUGGAGCCCAGUGUAGGAUGUCUCAGUGGAGUCUGUAGCACAGAUAUUCUCUGAAACUUCAUUUCAGUACUCACAAAGCCCUUAAGGAUAUGAAAAACUUCUGCUUGAUGGUGUUUUUUUUUUUUUAAGGAAGUUUUAAAAUUAAUUAUUUUAAGUAAUUUUAAAGGAAAUUCUAAAUAAUUCACAGACCACUGCAGAGGUGAGUUUUCCUCUUGAGGUGCAAACCACCCAACCUCCCAGCCUUCCCCCAGCCCCAAGGCUUCCCCUUUCCUGCCUGCAGUGCUCC